UCAGUGCGCAGGCGCGGUCGGGGUGCCUGGUCACGUGUGUGAGGAUGGCGUCCGCGUUGAGAGGCGCUGCUGGAAAUCUGCUCAAGGCCCUGAGUGGUGCCCCCCGCUGGCAGGUGCUCUCCUGUCGCCCGCUGUCAGGGGCGGAGUCAGCUCCUGCUCGCGCUGAUGCCACGUUCAAAGUAACCAUGGUCCCCGGAGACGGAGUGGGGCCGGAGCUCAUGACCGCCGUCAAGGAUGUGUUCAAGGCCGGGGACGUCCCAGUGGAGUUUGAGGAGUUCCAUCUCAGUGAGGUUCAGAACAUGGCGUCAGAGGAGAAGCUGGAGCAGGUCCUCACCUCCAUGAAGAACAACAGAGUGGCCAUCAAAGGAAAGAUCCACACGCCCAUGGAGUUUAAAGGGGAACUGGCGUCGUACGAGAUGAGACUCAGGAGGAAGUUGGACUUGUUUGCGAACGUGGUCCAUGUGAACAGUUUACCUGGAUACUCGACCCGACACAACAACCUGGACCUGGUGAUCAUCAGAGAGCAGACGGAGGGAGAGUACAGCUCCCUGGAACACGAGUCCGUCUCUGGAGUGAUCGAGUGUCUGAAAAUCAUCACCAGAGAAAAAUCGAGGAGAAUCGCUAAAUUUGCUUUUGACUUCGCCACGAAGAAAGGACGAAGUAAAGUGACGGCAGUACACAAGGCCAACAUCAUGAAGUUGGGCGAUGGUCUGUUCCUGCAGAGUUGUGCUGAAGUGGCUCAACUUUAUCCUAAAAUCAAAUACGAAAAUAUCAUCAUCGACAACUGCUGCAUGCAGUUGGUACAGAAUCCGUACCAGUUUGACGUCCUGGUGAUGCCAAAUCUUUAUGGAAACAUCAUCGAUAACCUGGCGGCGGGUCUGGUGGGCGGAGCCGGCGUGGUGCCCGGGGAGAGCUACAGCGCCGAGUACGCCGUGUUCGAGACCGGGGCGCGUCAUCCCUUCGCUCAGGCCAUGGGGAGGAACAUCGCCAACCCGACCGCCAUGUUACUGAGCGCCGCCAACAUGCUGCGGCACCUCAAUCUGGAGUUUCAUUCUCAGAUGGUUUCUGACGCGGUGAAGCGAGUCAUCAAACAGGGGAAGGUUCGUACUCGUGAUCUUGGAGGUUACUCGACCACAGGAGACUUUGUGAGCGCUGUGGUGGAAAACCUUCGCCAUCGCCCGAGAUACUGAAGAGCCGUGACCUCUGACCCCACCCCCCCCGACCUCUGACCCCCCGUGACCCCCCUCGUUUGGAUCCACACUUUUAUUUUUAUUUUAUUUUAUCGCUCCACACGCUUCCACUUCUACACAGUUAAAAUCACUAAAAACACUUUCGGACGCUUUGUUUAUUUAUUUUUUAUUUAUGUUUUUUUUUUUAACCAUUUUCCACAUUUGAUAAACGCAGAAAACUUGAACAAUAUGGAUUUAUGACGUAAAGGUUCGGUUAUAAAACGUUUUUCUUUACUCCAGAAACUGAGAAUGUGAAAGUCCCUCGCUGUAACCUACGGCGACGGAGAUAAAAAACAAACAAACAAAAACUCUGCCGGCGCAACGAGAAUAAAGUCGUAACAUUUCAACGUUAAAGUCAAAGUGAAAAAUGCGGCAGAAGAAGAACCUUGUUUUUCAAUAUAAAACCAAAAAUAAGAAAACGAAAAAAACAACCAUUUCCUUCAUUAUUUGCGCCUCCGGACUGAACCAGGACUGAACCAGGACUGAACCAGGACUGAACCAGGACUGAACCAGGACUGAACCAGGACUAAGCCAUUUUCAGUCCUGGUCUGGUCCCGGUCUCACUCUCGGUCUGGUCUCAGUAUCACCGUCUGGUCUUGGUCUCGGUCCCGGCCUCAGUCCCGGUCUCAGUCCCGGUCUCAGUCCUGGUCUUGGUCUGGUCCCGGUUUCAGUCCCGGCCUCAGUCCUGGUCCUGUUCCCGGUCUCAAUCCUGGUCUCGGUCUUGGUCCCGGAGUCAGUCUUGGUCUGGUCCCGGACCUGGUUUAGUCCUGGUUCAGUCCGGAGGUGCAAACGAAGAAAAUAGUUGUUUUUUCAUUUUCUUAUUUUUGGUUUUAUUUUCAAAAACGAACGAAUGAAGGUUUUUCUUCUGCCGCAUUUUUCACUUUGAGUUUAUUACGACUUUAUUUUGACUUCAACUUUAUUCUUGUAAAAUUACGACUUUAUUCUCGUAGCACCGGCAUCUUUUUUUUUUUUUUAUCUGACCCUUACACUCCGUCGUACCAUAAAUAUCGAACAGUGAGAAUAUCGUAUCGAGGGAUUUUGAUAUCGUCACAUCCCGAUAUCGUUUCUGUGUUGAAUAUCGACUUUUCUUAAUGUAAAUGUUGAUCUGGAUCCAAACGAGCGAAUCCUCCAAAUCCUCUGUGUUUGUCAUUUAAGUUUGUCUGUUCUUUAUUUGCCUCCAUCCUUUUAGUUUGUGUCGCUGUUUUGAGAUCAGUUCCAUUCACAAAAGUUCCUCCGGUUGUAAUCGGAGCUCUACCUCGGCGCGGUCGUGCGGCGGCGCGGUCGUGCGGCGGCGCGGUCGUGCGGCGGCGGCGGC